AGUAACUCUGUGCGUGUUGACGCAUCAACCUAAUAAACAGUGGUUAACAAAAAGGUAAAAGAUUAAUAUUAAUGUGUCCUGCACAAAAGCUAUUCUUUGAGAUGUUUUGAGAGACUGUGUUUGUGAGCAGCUUAAGGAGUACUGACACACCGCUGAAAACGGGUGCAAUAUUCAACGCUGGGAGCGAAUUCGGAGUUUCCAAAUGUUAUGAGAGCAGAUUGGUGCUGAUUAAAGCAAGGUGAUCCCCAACGUAGUGUUGCCUUGCUGUGGAUUGUUUGUGAAGUGUGGUGAAUGGACCAGUUCCUGAAUUUGAGAUGGAAGAUCAGAAUGAAUCUGGUGAAGACUUGUUCAAUGUUGUUUGUGGAGAUCUGGGGCUGGGACAGAGCACCAGAAGCAGUAUCUACCUGAACUAUCAUGAACCUUUAAUAUGGAGUGAAAAGUCGGAAAACUGCCAUGUAGAAAGUGGCGUGAGUCAUGUUGACAAGGAAGAUGCACAGCGUGAAUCAAAACUUCAUAAUGACCUGUCCAAUUCUAAUUACAUUAGACAGCGUGGAUCUGUAUCACUCAAGGAAAACAAUGCUCUGAUGAGGAAACUGCAAACAGCUUUACUGAAAGGAGACCAUAAGAGAAAAGAAGAAGAAAAUGAGACAUUUCCCACCUAUGCGGAUAUACCAUAUGGCACAUCCCUGCGACAACAAAAGAAGCUUUAUGAGCAGCAAAUUGGCGAUCUUCGUCGACAGCACUCAUUAAGUCAAAGUGAAGAGGAUGAAAAAGAUAAAGGCAGCCAGUAUAGCAUGUCAGUGGAAGACAUUGGGUCAAAAUUGUGCAAUGCAAUGCAGGAAAUGGAAGAAUUAAAGAUCGAACUGGAUGCGUGUCGCAAGCGUUUGGAUGCAAAAUACAAGGCUGUUAGCAUUCUUCGACAACAGGCGGAGCUUGCUGAUAGUGAGCUGAGAAGUACAGAAAAGAAAGCACAUGAAGACAACAAAAGACUAGAACAGGAACUGAGCAAGUUGCAGUUUGAACUAGAAUGGAAGGAGUCCUCCUUCAUUGACAGUCAACAGACAUGGGCUGAAAGGUUUGACAGGUAAACAAAUAUAUUUCAUGAUGUUUUUGUCGUUCUUGAGUUUGGCUUUUUUUUUUGGUUGUUGUUCUAUGGCAACGACAGAAUGAGGGAGAAAAAUAUAUGUGUCAUGACAUGGUGGAAUCAGGCUCUCGUCAAUUUUUCCGCAUGUGGAGUUAUUGGUAUCA